UAGGCAAAAUCUCCACAAAACCUAUCACAAGACGCAGGAAAUAAAUCGGGGGGGGAGAGAGAGAGAAAUCGAGAAGCAGCAAUCAUGGCGGCUACGGUGAAGACAGCGUGGGCGAAGCCAGGCGCGUGGGCUCUGGACGCGGAGGAGAACGAGUCGGAGCUCCUCCAGCAGCAGGAGGAAACGGUGGCGGCGCCAAACGGCCACUCCGAGACGGCGGAUUUCCCGUCCCUGGCUGCGGCCAAGACUAAGAAGAAGAAGAAGCAGGUCCUCUCGCUCCAGGAAUUCUCGACCUACAGCGCUGCGAAGCCGGGACUGACGACGGACGAGCUGAUGGCUCUCCCGACGGGUCCGCGCGAGCGGACGGCGGAAGAGCUCGAUCGGAACAAGCUAGGAGGGGGAUUCAGAUCCUAUGGCGGCGGGAUGAGGGAUGAGCAGCCGCGGCGCCAGGGGAGUUUCAAUCGGGAGUCGAAUCGCGAAUUGGCGCCGUCUAGGGCUGAUGAGACUGAUAAUUGGGCGGCGGGUAAGAGGUCUUCUGCUGGUGGUGGGUUUGAGAGGAGAGAGAGGGGGGAAAGAGGGGGUUUCUUCACCGAUUCGCAAUCGCAAUCGCGAGCGGAUGAGGUUGAUAAUUGGGGGUCGAAUAAGAGUUUUGCUCCCUCUGAGCCUAGGAGAUAUGAGAGGAGGGGGGGAUUUGGAUUGGAAUCCAGCAACGGUGGAGCGGAUUCAGGUAGUUGGAUGAAGAGGAGAGAGGAGGAAGGGCCGAGGAUGGGAGGCGCCUUUGAUAGUUUGAGGGAGAGGAGGGGGGGUUCGGAUUCUGCGGAUUCGGAGAGCUGGGGUAGGAGACGAGAGGAGGUGAGUGCUGGCAGUAGGCCUAGAUUGAAUUUGCAGCCUAGAACACUGCCCGUGAUCGAGAUUACUGCUCCGGAGAAGCCUAAGGCUGAGAUUGCUUCUCCUGUUGCUGUUACCGCGAGGCCGGCAGGGAGCAAUCCGUUCGGCCAGGCGAGGCCAAGAGAGGAGGUGUUGAAGGAGAAGGGCCAAGAUUGGAAGGAGAUUGAGGAGAAGCUCGAGUCUACCAAGAUUAAGGAGGUUGUUUCUGAUGGACCGGAUCCUCCUAGGAAAAACUUUUGGAGUGGAAGAGAGAGGCGGCAGGAAAAUAAGACUGAGAGGGCAUGGAGAAAGCCAGAAUCUGCUGAUUCCCGCCCCGAGAGAGCCGAGGAGGCCGUAAACGGGCAUACUGAGAAAUCCGAAAAUGGACAUACUGAAGAGGCUGAAGGGGGAGAGGCACAGGCCUGAUGCUGAAGGCUUUGAGAAAACAAAAAAAAGGAGCAUUGAUGUGGCUUAAACAAUGCAUCUGCUGAGCUUGAUAGAUUUUUGUUUCAUGUAUUUUUUCUGUUAUCUGUUCUCAAUCUCCGCACAAUAUAUAGCAAAUUUUGGUAGAGAAUUAUGGGUAGUUUUAUCA